UUUUUUUCUUUUUUUCUUUUUAUAUUAUAAAAUACCUAUUUUUAUACACCUCACCCCCAAUUUCUUUUUUUAAACUUUCUUCUUCUUAACAAUAGAUGGGUCGUAAAAAGAUCAAGAUUCAACCCAUUCAAGAUGAACGAAAUAAGCAAGUCACGUUCCUGAAACGUAAGCACGGUUUAAUGAAGAAGGCUUAUGAAUUAAGUGUCUUAUGUAACUGUGAAAUUGCACUGCUCAUAUUCAACACCAGCGGGAAAUUGGUUCAAUAUGCAAGUACUGACAUUGACCAUAUUCUAAUGAAAUACACAGAGUAUAACGAUCCACACGAGAGUAAAUCAAAUCAGGACUUUAUCGAUUCAACAGAUGGAGAACAGUGGGAAGAAGGCGAGGAAAAUAUAGAACACGAGAUAGAUCAUAAUGAAACUAGAAUGUCGGAUACAACAAAGACUAUUGUACCACCACCACCACCAGCAAAACCACAACAACAACAGCAAGCACUUCCAUUACCACCACCACCUCCUCCUCCUCCAUUACCACCCACCGUCAUGAUGUACCACCAUCAACCACCACCAACGGCUCCUUCACGCUAUCCUGUCAAUUACGGACCUCCUCCACCAACGCAAGCUUCAAUGGGCUAUUAUGAUGUAUAUGGACACCCACCUCAUCCGAUGUACAUGCAGGGUCAAAUGGCACCAAAUUAUGCACCCAUGAUGCCUCCUUCAUCAACGCACCAUCUUGUUCCAUACAGUGGACAACACAUGAAUUCACCUACUCCCAGCCCAUACUAUCACCACCCUGCCCCUCCACCACCACCACCGCAGCAACAACAACAGCAACAACAGCAACAGCAACAGCAACAACAACAGCAACAGCAACAGCAGCAGCAACAGCAGCAACAGGGGAGACCAAAGCAACGGUCUCCAAGUGUCAAAAGACCAAUGAAUUUAAGGGUAGAAAUCCCCAACGACGACGAGGAAGAAAAGGAUAGGGGAAAGGGAACACCUGGGGUUGUAUCUGCUUUACCAUCUCAAUUCGCACAUAAUUUACCUUCUCCCUCUACAUUCUAUCCCGAAUUUUAUCAGCAAAAUGAAUUGCCCAGUCCCUUGAAUUUCUCUUCAACACCCAUUUCAGGUGCUACUUCCUUUCAUUGGCCUGCGUCCAGGGGGUCCAUGAGUGGUCCUACAGCAGCAGGGAAUGAAUACAGGCCAUCUCCUUUAGCGAAAAUAAAACACGAAAAGAGAAAACGCUCAAGCUCUUCUGAUGAAGACGCUUAAAAUACCCACACACACACACACACACAC